UUGGUCUUAACUAGAGAAAGUUCAUAGCAUAAAACAAGAACCUUACUCACCAAAUUCAAGAUCGGAUUGUAUCUUUGUGGAUCCACUGUGAAAUCCUAAUGGAUGAUGAUGCUAAUGCAGUAACACCAACCAGGGAUGAAAACUCUGAUGUCGACCAUAGUAUCGAUGAAGUAGCAAACAGUAAUGAUAAUGAUGAUCAUAAUGAAGAUGUUUCUGGGGAAGUUAACCUGGAAGACAAUGGAAUCGGUAGUCCUUCACAUGGAAGAGAUGUAGAAGAGGAAGACCUUGGUGUGGAAGAUAAACAAAAUGAGGAAAUUUUAAACAGUCCUACAACUCCUCAAAGUGUGAGUGAGGACAAUGUAGAAAGCCCAGGUAUAGAAAAAACAGGUGAAAGAAUUUCUGAUGAAUCUGAAAGUAGAGAAGAUGAUGACAAAGUGGAAAAGGAAGUGGGAGAUGAUGCAACAUGUGAACCUGAAAAGGAAUCUAAUGCUGAUGGUAAUGUGUCAAACUUCAGAUAUGAGGAGAAUCAAACUGAAGAAAAAUCCUCAGAUAUUGAAAAUGACGUAGAGAAUAAUAGUGAUAAUGUGAGUGAAAAUUUAGAAGAUAGUGAAACAAUGAAUAACACAUCUCAGGAAGACAUAGAUAACACACAAUCUAGUAGAACUUCAUUUGAAAAUGCAGCAGAAACAUCAAAUCAACAAGAUUUGCAGACUAGUCCAUUUGCUGAUAUUCAAUCUGUUGGAAGUGUUAAUGAUGAAGGAAGUGUUUCUCAGGAUCAAUUCUUAGAUAGGUCAAGUCAGGAAGGACAUAGUGAUGUGGAAGCAUUUUCGCCAUAUUUAACAUCACAUGAUCACAGUCACCGUCGUAGCAGAAACAUAGAGGGAAGUGAUAUUGAAAGUGAUGAAGACAAUGAAUGGGAUGGGGAUCAAAGCAGACAACCUGUCGAGGAAGGGGAAACAGUUGAUGAUACUACACAAGACUCUGUAAGAGAAAAUGAGGACUCAAUGGAUGUAGGUGAAAAUUCUGGUUUAAAUGUAAUGAGAGGAACUGAUGAUGUUUCAAGUGAGGAUGAGAAUGAAACACAGUCAAAUGAAGUGUCUCAGUCUGAAUUUAGUCAGGGAAAUGAGGAAGAAAAGGGGGGAGAGGAUGAAGGAGAAAUUGUUGAUAAGGAGGAAAUGGUGGACAAUCCUUUAUCUCCUGCUGAGGAUAUCAGUGAAAGUGAGGCAGGUGAACUGUCUGAUAAUGAAGAGGAGGAGGAGGAGAAAGAUGUGGGAAAAGCAAAAAUUCAGGAUGAAGAAGAGGACUGGAAUUUAGACUUAACCAAACAAGGAGAUAAUGUUCAAAGUGACAGACCACUUGCGGAUGCUGAAGACAUAAAUAGUCCUGAAAGUGACCUACAGGAAAGGGAAAAAACUCCCAUCAGGGACUUAGAAUCUGCAGCCUCUCCAAUUUCUGAGGACGGUAACUUGUCUGAUAUUGACAUGGAGAAGAGGCGACGUGAAAUGUACAAUGACAUAUCAGACGAGGAGGAUUCUUUUAGUGAUGACGGAAAAGUUGAUGACUAUAAAGUAGAUAGUGUUGUUAAAGAGUCAAUCAAAUCAAGUGACAUGGCUUCCAAGAGGCCAGAGGUGAAAAGAGACAGGAAGGUGGAGAAAUUUCACAGUCAGACCAGCAUGGGGGAGGAGCAGGUAGAACUGGAUUAUGAUGAGGAAGUCGGAGAGGAAGAGGGGCGUGGUCACGAGGACAAAGAGAAAAUUGAUGACAGCAGAGCUGGGGAAAAUGAGGUCGAAAAGAAAGAGGCUGAAGAGGGUGAAGCACAUUCUGAUGAUGGUGAACUGGAUGAUGAUGAAGAUUGUGAGGAGGGAGAAAUCAGGGAACCUGGGUCCAGGAAGCCUUUUAUUCCUCCCAUCUGUCGAUUCUUUACUAGAGGAGCCUGCACUUGGGGAAAUAACUGCAGAUUUCUACAUCCAGGUGUCAAUGAUAAAGGCAAUUACAGGAUGAUAGAGCGGCCAGGGUUUGGACCUGCAAGUUAUGGACAGGGUAGUGGUCCUUGGCAAGGCCCAGGAGAGAAACCUGCAGUGGAAGAGGUUGAAGAGGAAGAGUUACCUCCCCCUCCUAUGCCUCCAAAAGUAGAAACAGCCUGGGAGAGAGGACUGAGGCAUGCUAAGGAGCAAUUAAAGAAAGCUAACAUGAGAAAAGAGCAGGAAACAGAUUUUGAACACAAGCGACUAAAUUUAUCUGUAGAGGAAGAACGUGAAUUUAAUAAGGAAAACGAUCGCUACAAAACCUUGCACAGGGACCCAUAUUAUGACCAGUAUGAUGAUGAGUAUUAUGACAAGCUGCCCUCAAAGCGAUCUCCCAGUCCUAUUGGUUGGCAGCGUGGUCAGUAUGAAAAUUUUGAGGUCCGCUGGACAAGAGAGCCAGAGUGGGUGCCUCCUCCAGUGUCUCAUUAUCACAGGGAAAGGGAACAUCAUAAAUUUAUCAGGGAAUCUUUUCCAGGCAGGCAUCCAGCAGAAAGAUUUGAAAGAAAACCAUCCUCUCAGAGAAGUAAGCCAUGGGUAGAGGAACCUGCUCCACGUGAGACGAGGGAUGCUCCUGUACACAGACAUACAGCUGACGUUUGGCAUGACCCCUGGAGAAGGUCAAAGUCACCAAAAAAGAAACCAAGAGGUUCAAGAAGUAGGUCAAGAGGAAGACGGCGAUCUAGAAGAUCUUAUAGUUACUCAUCUUCAUUUUCAUCAGGUUCAUUCUCGGGUUCAUCACGUUCAAGGUCACGGUCAUCAUCCUAUAGUUCAUACAGUAGUCGUUCUGGUAGUCGUACCUCUUCUAGUUCAAGAUCUCCAACCAGGUCACCAAUGAAACGUAUCGGAGGUCCACAUGGCAGGCAGCCUCCAGGAAAACAAGAUGGAGGAAAACCAAGAAGUGCUAUAUCUGGUCAGCCAAGACAGCCUGGCCCAAUCAGACGACAGCCAAGUCAGAAUCAGGGUGGUCCACCUGGCAAAGUACCACCUGGUGGUCCCCUAUUAGGUAGACAACGCUCUCAACCAGGAAUACCAGGAGCCCCUCAGCAAGAUCCCAAUCGUGGAAGGGUGCCCAAGAAUAAACCGGAGCCACCAUCUCUUCAGCAGCCCCCGCAGCGGCCCCAGGGACCACCUCAGAGACCUGGACGGCAGUCUAGAGGACAUAGGAGUAGCAGUGGAUCUAGAUCAAGGAGCAGGUCCUCCUCAUCUGGAUCAUCACGGUCCUCCAGUGCCAGCAGUGUGUCCUCAGCCAGCAGUCAUUCUUCAAGUAGCUCCUCGGGAAGUGCCGAUUCAGAGCACCUAUACCGAGGAGUGGGUGGGGCCAAAGAAGGGUCACCUGUCUCUCCAAAGAAAAAGAAAGCAAAAACAGGAAAAGGGCCUCAGCCUGGUAAGGUAGAGAGGAAACCUGCAGCACCAGUUGGCAGUAGGUCCUCCCGAGGAAGUCGCAAUGAACCAAGUCAAGCUCCAGUGACCUCAAAACCUAAAGAUCCACUGAAAGUGGUGGGAUCAAAGCAGAACAUCAAGUUAACUCUUCUGAAUAAGCCAAUGGAGAAGGAUAAACCAGGUGGCAUGGUGUCCAAGAAGAGGCCCUCCAUAGAUGUUGAUGCUCCUCCUGCCAAGAGACCAGCUUUGUCUGCUCCAGUACCAUCAAAACCAGAUAAAAAAGUGAAGAAACCAGAAAAGCCAGUUGUUGCAGCUCCUCUCUCUCCAACAAAGACUGCUUCAAAGCCAACCCUUCCCACAAAGAACCCACCCAAAGGCCCUCCAGCUGCUACAAGUGCCCCCAAAGAGAAGAAGAGCACAUCCUCACGUCGGGAGGAGCUCCUAAAACAAUUAAAGGCUGUGGAGGAUGCCAUAGCUCGCAAGAGGUCCAAGUUGAAUUGAUGAAGUGGCACAUAGGAUUUUUAAUGUGUGUACAGGUCAUGGCAUUUUUUUUAAGGAAACAUUUCUUAGAUAUUCACUUCAUCCAUUUCUGUUAUUCACAAAGUCUUGACACUUAUAGAUCAGGUUUUAAGAUGCUUUUAUGAAUGGUGUAAUAAUAUUGAAUGAGAGAAAGGGCAUGUUUGUCCCACAUCUAUGUGGAUUCUCAUUUUCUUCAAAGGAAAAUGAUAAUGAAUACCAAAUACUUUAUUUUUGGGCUGUACUGAUUGGCAAAGAUUGAAAUAGGUGAAAGUGAUUUUUUUUUUCAUUUUAUAUGGCACAUAACAUACUGUUUGCUAUAAGAUUUAUGUGUAUAUGUAUAUAUUGUAAAUUUCAUAGUGUAAUUUUAUAGACAGAUGCAUCACAGUGAGUGUUUGUGUCUUGUAAAACAAGUGCAUGUGAAUGUUUUUAUUCAUAUAUUACACUUCUUUGUUCUCACAAGUAAAUCUACAGUGUAUAUUUCACUGUCCAGGCAAUUUAUUUACAUCGUUAAAUGCAGUUUAUUAUGAUUCUGAUUUCUUUAUAUUUUCAACAUUAUUUUAAAAAGGUCUGUAUUAAAUAGUAUUUUGCGUUAAGUGAGUAUUUUCUAUCAUAUACUGGAUUUUCAUUAAAGUAAGGAAAUUUUUGUGGCACUAUAAUGGGUGAUAUGCUUUCCUGAAUAUAACUUAUGAUAUUUGAUUACUGUGUUAAUAUUCAAAUGAAGUCAAUGAACCUCAAUUUGUACACAUUUACUUUUAUGACUUAUACAUUCAUUGGGAUAACAUGUUUGCUUUGUACAAUGUAAGACUUGUAUAUUUGCAAAAUGGAAGUUUUAAACAUGUACAUUUUUAUUACAUUAACUUGCAUGAAGCAAGUAUUUUAAUUUCCUGCUGUUUGUCUAGCACUUUGAUAUUCCACAUCUAUCGAUGUUAGGAGAUGAAGCCUGAUUAAAUUUCAGAAUAACCUGCCUAUAUUUUACUAGGAUUUCAAAAUAAAAUCAAUGAUUUGAA